AUUGAACGUGCACGGAUAGGAGAGCAGGCUGUCUGUUGUUAUCUGUGUAAGCAGGGCGAGCUUCUCUCCUCCUGCCAUCUGUUUGAUGACAGCGUUCACUGCAAGAUACAUCCCUGUUACAACCAUAUACAGUCUAUGGUUACAACCUCUGGAAGAUACAUGGAAAUACCUUCUUUUUACGCUCUGUCGAACCCUUUAAUAUCAGGGGUGUCGACGGUGUUUUCUCAGAACGAGUUCAGCCACACCUUUCCUGGGGAAUUAAUGAGCCCAACUUUGCAGCCAUAAGUAAUGAUGAGCAGAAACACCCAUGUUGUUGUGGAAACAAUGCAGGAAUUCAAUCGCUACAUGACAGCCAUGCCAAUGUAAAUCCCAGCCCCACCGAGAUGAGCGUGGAGCCCUGGGCCAGCCCGCAGGACCAGGCAGCCGCUGAGGAAGCACACACCACCACCACGCACACGCCAUCCUCCCAGGAUCAGGAGCAGCACCCCGACAAACUCUGCCUGGACUCGUUCUGGAGUGAGGUGGAGACCAUCAGACAGGGGAGUGGCUACACAGACCUCGACUGCACCAGGAGAGACUCCAAACAGUCAGAAGAAGGGGAACAGGAGGAGCAGUGGCUGGCUGAUGCUGGUUUGUCAGACCUCAUCAAGGAGGAAAGCGAUGAUGUUGACAAAGCGGUGCUUUUGUCCACACUGACCCGGACACAGGCCGAGGCAGUCCAGCGUCGACUGGAAUCCUACACACUGUCCCUGCGUAAGAGGAACAAACCGCCACCACGGGACGUCCGAGAGGUCUUUAACUCCCCUAUCACUCAGAACCUCCUGCCAGAGUCCCAGCAAAGUGAGGACCUACCCCAAGACAGCAUGGCUUCAGUUGCCAAAACACCAUUAUCAGCUAUGACACCAGAGCAUCAGCGAGGUGCUAUCAAAGAAGAGUUCUUCAUCACCGAUGUGGCUUACUGUGAACAGGCCGUCAUCUUCCUCAAACAGGCCAAACUGCCGCAGAACAAAAUUCUCCGCAGGAAAGAGGACGGCACUUUGCCGCGGGUCGUCUGUCCCAAGUGCCGUCUCGGAGUGACUCGCAUUCAGGAUCUCUCCCACACAGACAUGAAGAAGGUGCGUCAGCUGGCUCUCAUCGACAUGACGGCGCUGUGCGACCUCUUAGAGCUGGAGGUCAAAAGGCACAAAACGGGCAAGAGGAAAAUCGCAGAGAGUUCACUUUUCGGGGUGCCGCUGGCCUCACUGAUGGAGAACGAUCAGAAAAUGAAGCCCCAAUCCUCCACCCCUCUCUUCCUUCAGGCGUUGUUGUCAUUUUUGGAGAAGAAAGGAGUCGAUUCGGAGGGGAUCCUGCGGGUUCCAGGAUCUCAGUCCAGAAUAAAGAUGCUGCAGCAGAACUUCGAGACCAACUUCUACUCAGGGAAGAUCAGCUGGGACGAGGUGAAUCCAAACGACGCCGCUGCCCUGCUCAAGAAGUUCAUCCGGGAGCUGCCCGCUCCUCUGCUCACCGCAGAGUACCUCAACACCUUCAGCGCUGUCAGAGACAUCACAGACCUGAAGCAGAAGCUCCACAUGUUGAACCUCCUCAUCCUGCUGCUGCCUGAACCUAACAGGAACACACUGAAGGCUCUCCUGGAGUUCCUCAGUAAGGUGGUCUCCAGGGAGAAGAGGAACAGGAUGAACCUGUGGGCCGUGGCGACCAUCAUGGCUCCAAACCUUUUCCUCCAUAAGGCCGUCCCCAGCAGGCUGACGGAGGGUGCAGAGAAAGGACAUGCAGAGAAGGCAGCUGAUGUGAUGAGGCUCCUCAUACGCUACCAGGACUUGCUCUGGACGAUCCCAAACUUCCUCAUGAACCAGGUGCGUAAGCUCAAUGAAAACAACAACAGGCGUCACCAGUUCUACGAUCGCCGCAUCAAGAACCUGCUGAGGAAGAUCCACACAGACAGCCGGGAAAAACCUGAUAAGAACACCUCAGAUCCGUGCCGUACAGUUAAAAUCCAGGUCGGGGAUCAGGUGAGCGGCACUAUGGAGUAUCAGCUCAACAUCAACUCCCGAGCCUCAGACCUGCUCACCCAGUUUCACCGCCAGUGCCUCCGCAGCCCUGAGAACGGGAAGGGCAAAAUACGAAGAAACGGCUCGGUUGCAUAUCCAGACUGCGCUCUGUAUGAAGUAGGAGGGAACAUCGGUGAGCACUGUCUGGACCCCGACACACACCUCCUGGAUUUGUACAACAGUAACCAAGGAGGCGAAUGGGUCAUCAAACUGAAGCCCAAUGCCAGCAGAGGGCUGUGAAGGACAGAUGGACAGAUUGGGAAAAACUUAGCUGAAGAAGGACAAAAGUAGAACCUAAAAAAAGAUGGAAUCCACGCGGGCCUCGGUUCUGGAUCUUUUCCUCCUUGGAGCAACAAGCGAGUAGGAGACAGAUGGAGGAAGCAGAAACAGAUAGAUGAAGAAUCUGCCAGGAGCAGAAAAACUGUCACAUGGACACACACUGCCCUCUACCUUUCUCUCUCCAUCUCUUUUCACCCCUCUCCUCUUUUCCUCUCUUCUCUCCAUCAUUCAUCUCCUGCAGUACCGCAGGGCUGUGAGCAAAAAAAGCUGAUGACGUGACUCAUUACUUCUGACAGAGAACCUGCUGCACAGAAAAGAGAGGCGAGAGUGAACGGCUGGGCGCUUUGAUUCGCCUAUUUUUUUUUUUUUUUUCCCAUCUUUGACAGGAACGAGCAGAUGGGGAUGCAGAGCACCUCUGGCUACAGAGAGCUGAGUCCCACCCCUCCAUUCUCAGGCCAGCUAGAUCAUGUGUUUCAUGUUUUCACCUUCAUUCUUAAGCCUCGGAUCAUGAAACAGGUGAUUUCUGCCCAAAUGCUCCGCUAAAUUGACGUCUAAUCCUGCACAGGACAACGUUCAUCCAGAGAUUUAAAGUUCAGCCUUGAAUGAGACAUCAUUCAAGUAAAUUCAGACUGAAGACCAUUGCUGGAGCUGAAAGGAAAACAAACAUUUACUUCAUAUCAAUAUUAAAUAGAAUAAUUAACUGUAACCUUUGUUCACAGGCAGCUGAAAUAAUCUUGACCCGCCCACAUUUGAAACUUGUUUCCAAAGAAUCUGUGUGCGUCAGCUUCAGUUUAAGUGUAGAUGGAAUCACUGUUAAUCUGUUCACACCUUCCUCUAUGCAAAGAUCCGCCCAUUCAACCAGUUGUUUGUGUUUUCUUUUCCUUGGCUGCAACCUUUUUUUCAGGCACAUACAUACUUUAAAAAGGCCAAAAGAAACCUGCAUGCUGUAGAAGAAAUCUACCUGAUUAAAUCAGGUAUCUCUAUCCCCCUCGUCCUCACCCACAUGCAGAAAUGCAGAUUACUUGAUGUUAAAGACGUCUAGGUGACAGUUAUUCAUAUGUAGCUCAGGAUGUGGGCAGGAAGCUCUUGUAUCAUGCUUUCCUUUCUGAAAAGAAAUACUUGUAUUUAAAGAAUAAGUGGCUAGAAAUGAAGAAAUAAUUAAAAUGAGCUGAAACAGCUGACCUGUGAAUGAAGUGGGACACCAGCUCAAUCUCUAACCGUUUAUCAGCUGACCAAUCCUACACAUUUGCUCUCCAUCCUCUGCUCUCCCUGUUGAACCAUCGUCUGCUCUCACACUUCAAAAACAAAGACAACCAAGAUCUCUGUGUAUCUGCUCCUUUCUCCUCCUGUGCCAUUCAAAGAGGGAACGACACCCAGAUGAGCUGAUCUGUUCUCUUAUCUGUGAAACCCUGUAAUCUCCUGGGCCUCAUAAAAAAAUAAAAAUCCAUGGACUUCCAAGGACCCCUGACCUGAACAGAAUGGUGCUCAACAAGUCUUUCUUUCCUCUACUGAUACCGAGGGAUUUGGUGUCACCACCUCUGGGACAGUUGCUGCACCUCUAAAGGGAGUUUUUGAGGAUGCACAGUGAAGCUGGUCUUCAGUCCUCGUUUUUAAAAACACAGACGGAGCCCAAAGUGCUGAAGAGACUCUUUUGGGGGGGUAACGGGGUUAUUGUUAUUUAUAUGAAUGUAAUGCCACUGUUGCUUCUGUACUUGAUGAGUAUUGUGUAGUCUAGACAGAUAAUAGGAUAAAUAGACAUGCUGCAUUUGGUGUUACAGUGUGUUGUGUUCAGUUGCCCACACUCUUGUGUGGGAAUUUGCAGUGUUCUUAUACAUAUUUUUCAGAUAAGUCAUUUUUUGCUGGAUCUUGUUACAUUUUUCCUCUAAGCAAUUCAGUAAGAUAAAUAUGUAAAUAUUUCUUGUUUAUACUCUCUGCUGUGAAGGAGUGGAUGAAGUGUGCUGUUGCGUUGUUACUCAGUUUUCCAAACACACACACAAGCUGCAAAUGAAUGUGUUUAGCACCUCGUGCCGAUCAUCAGAUGUGAACCAUCUACUCCUCGCAAUCGGAGCCAUGUUGGGGCUCCGCGGCCAUUUUGUGGGAACAACUCGCCUGCUCUCCACUCAAUAGACGGAGUAAUGACAGCCGGGCUCGGCACCGACAUCCAUCAACACCCUCCGCUCCAUCUCUGUCACCUUUCCAAUGAUGGAGCGUAAUGUGCAUCAGAAACACGGCAAGGAAUCACAUUUCCUUCAUAAAGGAGGAGAUAAUAAAUGGCUGUUAUAAAUUCUGCUGCCCUGGACCUGAUGGCAGCAGCAUUGUGUGUGAGUGUGUGUGUGCAUGCACGUGUGUGAUGAGCUUCAUUACACAGGUCCAAUCGGCCUGUCCCAGGGUCCCGGGCACAGUUCAGUGCCUCGGCACAAAGCGAGCUGAUGGAACCGCCUUCUGCUGACAAUCAGGAGAAGUAGGUCACCUCUGAAGCUGAAUCCCAGAGGGUGAGUCAAAACACCCUGAGGAGCGGAGCACAUGGACAUGUUAUUGUCUAAACACACAUGACACACACAUGGACAACAGGGGCACGAGUUCACACCCUCCUACACUAGUUUUUUUUUAUUGACUGUGUUUGUACAUAUGUGAAUGUGUUUGUGUGUGUGAGAGACAGCAGAAGCUUCCUGUGGGGUAGAUGUCUCUGAAGCAGUGUUAUCUGAAAAACUACCCCAAGGAAUUUUUGAAGAAGGACAUUUACAGGAGAGUUUGUUUCCUGUUCUAAACAAAGUAUGGUUAUGGAUCUCUUGUUGUCUUCAUAAUGUCUCACUGUUAUUGUGAAGAGUUUAGACGCCACUAAGCAGACGUCAGAAUGUAUAUUUAUGCCCUUUACACAAUUUGUUGUUUUUAAUAUUCUGGGAAAACACCCAAGUCUCUGAUGUAGAAAGAAAAACUUUUGAAAAACAUGCUUCUUUUUGUCAAUAAAUGUGAAUCUAAUAUUGUC